AUGGCGCCUGUCAAUCUGUCCCAUCGAAGGACCCAUAAUCUGCUACUUAUAUCUAAGCUCCUGAGUCUCCGAGACACGGCGUCGCCACUGACGUUGCUCUUGGACUCAUUAGAGCAACCCGCCACACCCCUCAUCCAGGAGUAUAUCAGACGCGCUAAGCUGUCUAAAGUCCAUGUCACCCUCGUAGCCUUUGAGACUUUAAAGCGACCUGAUGGAUGUGAUGCAUUUGUAUCCACCCGUCGCAAAUGCCCGGCCGACAUUAUUAAAGAAGUGGCUGCAGCAUAUCAGCCUGUCGCAUCGACCGGCCCGUCAAAGAGACGUCUCAUUAUCAUUGAUGCCAUAAACCCUCUUUUGAGCUCACGAACCCUGGACCCAAACUUUCAUUUGCCCUCAUUCUUGGGUGCUUUCAUUGCCCCGACAAACCCGGCAGCCCCCAAGUCUGACGCCGCAUUGGUGGUGAUUUAUCAUCAAGAUAUUCCGGGUCUUCCCUUGCAGAAUCCCUACUUGCCAUCCACAUUCUCUGUUCUCACCUAUCUCGCUACGAGUAUUAUCACGCUUCAUUCAUUCUCUCAUAUCUUGGCGCAGAAGGCUGCGCGUGAUCGCAGCCUGGCUGCGCCGGUAUUUGGCCUUGAAGAAGAGCAGGACGGUGUUCUGCUGGGCAGACUGGACAAGCUUGUUGGCACUGGCGCUUCUGAAGGAAUCGUCCUCGAGCUGGAGCAUCGCCGCAAGAGUGGACGAGGUGUUUUGGAAUGGUAUCUCCUCCCUCCUGCAUCACGGUACUCCUCCAACCAGGUGAAGGAGAUCGUCACUCUUCUCGAUGACAAUACCCUGUAUAAUCCUCCCAUGGAAUCCAACUAUGAUGCCGAAGAGGAGCCCCAGUCCACCUUCGAGUUGGGGCUUACUGAUCGACAGAGACGCGACAGAGAAGGUGUCGUCUUGCCCUACUUUGAUGCACAGCAUGGGGAUGGACCUGGAGAAGGUGGGCGGAUUCUCUACGAUAUGGGCGAAGAGGAUGACUUUGACGAGGAGGAAGAUGAGAUCUAG